CCGGUGCGACGUGUGUUGCGUUGUUGCCUAUAGUAUAUGUAUAUAUACUAUAGGUUAUUGGUAUAAUUGAGUACACGUUGGAUUAUUUGACGGUACUUCCAAUAAGUCGUUGACGCGUGUGGUCACAAGAACGGUACUUUUAAUCGCGGAAAAUAAUGGUUGCAGUAAAAGGUCGCAAAAGUUCAAAUAAAAAUCCUCCUAUGUUCAGUCAUGAAUUCGUUAUUCAAAAUCAUGGAGAUAUUGUUUCUUGUAUGGCUAUAAUCAUCCUACUUGGUUUACUGAUGCAGGUAACAACACCAUGGACAUAUACAUUUAUUGCUAUUCAUCACAAUAUAACUUCAGAUAUUGAAGAUCCGACUAUGCCAAUGAAAUAUACUACUGGUUGGAAAGAUGCAUGUGCUGUAUUUUUCUCUAUCUUGAUAAUAACUGUAAUGCACGCCGUAUUUCAAGAUUAUGUUUUUGAUAAAAUUUCAAAACGUCUACAUCUUAGUAAAGUAAAACUUGCUAAAUUUAACGAAUCCAGUCAACUUGUUUUAUUUUAUAUACUGUCUCUUAUAUGGGGUAUAGACAUAAUUAUCAGAGAGGACUUGUUAUUAAACAUAACUUUAUUGUGGAAGGAAUAUCCUAUGCCAAUGUCUUUUUCCUCAAAACUGUUCUUUAUUUGCCAACUUGCAUAUUGGUUGCAUUGUUAUCCUGAAUUAUAUUUUCAAAGAGUAAAGAAGGAAGAUCUAUCUUCUCGAGUUGUACAACCAACUAUUGCAUUCUUUUCCACUGUUGCAGCUUAUAUCUUUAAUUUCCAGCAAGUAGGAAUAUUAUUAUUAGUUUCACAUUACAUAGGAGAUGUUAUGCUUCAUGGAGCUAGGCUUGUACAUUUUGUCGGUAAAAAAGAGGAGGUGACAAAAAUGGCAUUCCUCGUUGCUAACUCGAUAUAUGUUUUCGUACGCAUAGUAACGUUGACUAUUGCAACGUUAGUAUUUCUGUAUGGUUUAGGCCAAGUUGAAAGUGUAUUCAAUUUCGCAACUGGAAAUUUUAAUAUUCCAGUCAUAAGAUUUACAGCUUUGACCUAUAUCAUUCUCUUCCAAACGUACCUUUCUUAUGUAUUUAUUUCGAGGCAACUCAAGCGUGCCCGUGAAAAUGUAGUUCCUGUACAAGCAACAGCGAAAUCAAAACAAAAGCCAAGGAAAAAAGAAGGAAAAAAAUCUGCCACGUCCGAGGAUGACGAUUUGCCAGAAGUUGACCAAGCGACUAAGAAAAAUCUUAGAUCCCGUUCAUCUACGAAAGCUAAAUAAAUAUGUACUAAAG